AUGGUCAUUAUCCACUUCAAGGACAUGGAUACCGAAAUAUCGCAACUCGAACCCGAUGAAGAAUGUCGGAAAUAUGGGCUUUCGGAAAGAUCUGCUUAUAAUGUUGUGCGAGGCCAUCCCUGGGACAAAGUACAAGCUAUGCAGGCGAACGUCUGGUCUAGCGAAAAUCCUCAAGGCCUGAUAUCCCUUGGAGUCGCCGAGAAUCCUCUCCUUCAACACGAGGUUGGUACAUACAUGAAGAACAGUAUAGCUGUCACCGACAAUGAUCACCUAGGGUAUGGGGUAGGCCCAAGAGGCUCGCCUCGUCUGAGGAAGGCACUCGCCUCCUUCUUCAACUUGGAAUUCAGGUCACAUGAUCCCGUGAGAGCCAAAGAUGUUCUAAUCCUUCCUGGGGUUAUGUCCGUACUUGAUUCCUUGACUUGGUCGAUCUGUAAUGAAGGAGAAGGGAUCAUUGUCCCCCUGCCCUUCUACACAGGUUUCAAUCCCGCGGUCCAAGAACGAUCGAGAGGUGUUCUUAUACAGGCACCUUUUCAAUCGCUUGAGGGAUAUCAGAGCCUAGAUGACGUCUUCAGUCCUGUGAUAAUCCAACAGUCUCUCGAGGGUGCUCUGCAGAAAGCUGCUUCUAACGGCGUGAAGAUUCGGGCUGUUCUGAUUUCCAAGUACGACCCUAUCGUGUCCAAGAGCUCAAUCCUAUACGCAAUAUCCUGA